CUGCUCAGAGAACAUCGUCGCUAGGUCAGACAUCACUAGUCGCUCUGCGGAUGUGUCGUCAGUAGGAAGUGGACUUCCUGGUCGGAGGAUCUUUAAACCAGAACCAGUUAACCCAGUUAGCCGCCUUUAACCCGGUUAUCGGUCCAUCCGUCCCGUUCAAACGUGGUUCUAACCGCGUGGUUCCGAACAGAAUACAGUCAGAGAACGUUAGAGCCGUUAGAACCUUCAGAUGUCCGCCUCGGCUGGAUGCUCCCCGUCGGGCCCAAAUCCGGGCCUCGGCCCCGGUAUGUCCAUGUUCCGCUGGCUGGAGGUUCUGGAGAAGGAGUUCGACAAAGCGUUCGUGGACGUGGACCUGCUGCUGGGAGAGAUCGACCCGGACCAGGUGGACAUCACGUAUGAAGGCCGCCAGAAGAUGACGAGCCUCAGCUCCUGCUUCGCUCAGCUCUGCCACAAAACCCAGACGGUGUUCCAGCUCAACCACAAGCUGGAGGCUCAGCUGGUGGACCUUCGCUCUGAGCUUACGGACGCCAAAGCUGAACGUUCUGUGGUAGAACGUGAGGUCCAUGAUCUUCUGCUGCAGCUCCACGCUCUGCAGCUGCAGCUCCACUCCAAGCAGGGCCAGGAGGGUGACUCAGACACCAUCAAGACCGACUGUUUAACAACAUCAUUUCUAUUCCAGGAGCAGGAGCUGGAGGCCAGCAAGAAGGAGAAACUGGCCGAGGCCCGGCUGGAGGCCGAGGUCCGGCUCUUCAAGAAGGAGAACGAGGCCCUCCGCAGGCACAUGGCAGUACUGCAGGCGGAGGUGUAUGGAGCCAGACUGGGUAAGUACCUGGACAAGGAGCUGGCCGGCAGGGUGCAGCAGAUCCAGUUACUGGGUCGGGACAUGAAAGGACCGGCUCACGACAAACUGUGGAACCAGCUGGAGGCCGAGAUCCACCUCCACCGCCACAAGACGGUGAUCCGAGCCUGCAGGGGCGCAGCACCCAAGAAACCGCUACCUUCUCCUGUUGGACACAGUCUUUGUCGUGCCUGCAGGACCCCGGACAUGCUGAAGAAAACCCAAGGAGUCGGUCCCAUCAGGAAGGUGGUUCUGGUCAAGGAGGACCACGAGGGCCUGGGGAUCUCCAUCACAGGCGGGAAGGAGCACGGCGUUCCCAUCCUGAUCUCAGAGAUCCAUCGCCAGCCGGCAGACCGCUGUGGAGGUCUUCACGUUGGAGACGCCAUCCUCGCCGUCAACAGCAUCAACCUGAGAGACGCCAAACACAAGGAGGCGGUGACCAUCCUGUCCCAGCAGCGAGGACAGAUCGAGUUCGAGGUGGUGUACGUGGCUCCGGAGGUGGACAGUGACGAUGAGAACGUGGAGUACGAAGACGACAGCGGCCAUCGCUACCGACUGUACCUGGACGAGCUGGAGGACGGCAGCACGGCGCCCCCUAGCAACAGCUCAGCGUCCUGCAGAGUAACUCUGGAGAAGAUGACGCUCAGUAACGGACCGGAGACGGAGACGCUGGAAUCUGCAGCGAGACGCCUUCAGAGAACUCCGUCCAAACCUCCAGAGACCGACUGUUCUCCUAGAACCUCUGUAGAACUGGAACUGAGAGUCCAAUGACAAUCUUUGGAUGAGGGAGAACCAGCAGCGUUCUCCUUCGUCUCUGGGUCGGGGUUCAGGGUUUAGAACUGGGUCCAGGUAGGAAGGAACCAGGAGAUGCUUGUGGUGAAGACAGAAAGCUGCAGGAGCUUCAUGUUUGUUAGAAAGGUUCUACCAGCUUCUGUCUGUGUUCUUCUGUAAAAUAUCUGGAAGGUUCCUCCCUGAUCUGCUCGGAACUCUGAGCAGAUCAGGGAAGGACCAACGGGGUCUUCGUGGAAUGACUUUCAGUAGAACAUCUAGUCUUCUAAUGAGCUAAAUGUCUGUCCAGUGAGGAGGAGAACUUCUAGUGAUGGUUUCAGAGGAAAACUCGACAACAUCCAGGCUGCUUCAGGUGUUCAGUGAAGAACCCUGAGCAGGUUUAAGGUCAGAACAAGGAAACAGGAAGUUCAUGCUGAAGACCCUCAAACACCUCAGACAGCUUCUUCUGCACAGCGCCCCAUCAAACCUGAACAUCUACACCUCGUAACUUUAUCUUCUGCAGCCUCGUGAUGAACUUUAGCUGGGUUCUCUGGUGAGUUCAGGUCCUGGAGAUGUUUGGGACCAGGAGGAACGAGCUGUUGUCCUUAUUUAAGUGUAGAAGCACAAAGACAGCAUGUUGGAACCUUCUAGCAGGUUCUCCAGGACUUCCUCCUCCCUCACUCUGAACUGCUGGUAGGCUUGGCUCUCUAACCGCUCUAACAUGUCGGCAUGUCACUAAUGUGUGGUUAUCUGGGAACACUUUAGAACGUCACCAAUACAAUCAUUUAUUAACCGUC